AAACAUGUUUUGUCUAUGAUCAACUGAUGUUUGAAUGAGUUUAUUGUCGUAAGAGCUAAGUCUACGCUAUAAACAAACAAAAUGUAAAUAUUGCGAUAAAUUGUAUUAUGACGAGUUGUGCCAAAGUUGUAACGGUAGUCGGUUUAUUGUUUUUCCUUGCUUGUAGUUUCUUUCUUUUGUCUUUUCUUUAUUGUAUAUGGUGGGAGUUGUCGGGGUCCAGACACAACGAAAUACCUAGCUGGCUUAAAGAAAAUAAUCUAGAAGAAUACACAACAUUGUUUAAACAAAAAGGCAUUUCACUUUUAUCCCAGUGCGGCCAACCAGAGCAACUCCCAGAACUCCCGGCACCAGAUGAGCAACGACUGCGCGAAGCGGCCGCUUUGCUUCAGCAACGCUUAGUACUUCGUCAGUGGUUGAGUCAGUACAACCUGCAAGCCUACCAUCCCAAGCUUCUAGUCAUCGGAGUAGCUAGACUAGAGGACGUUUAUUGGUUGGAAGACACCAAAGCGAAACAAGUUUUUAAUAAUGAUGUAGUUCAUUGGUCCGCUGCCCGCCAAUCUUUACCUACCUCGAAAUCGCAUUUAGAUAUUCUCAAAGCCGAUCUCUGGUCAGAAGUAGUGAAGAAUAGUAAUCACCAGGACGCAUGGACAUGGGGAGGAAUGUUGGUAGUGUCAGUAUCUGUUGCUGGUCUGGUUACUUUGGCAGCAAUGACCCAACCGUCACUAGCACCAGAAGCAAAACACUCACUGCUUCAGUAUGUCACUGGAAAGUAUUUGCUUCCCUCUAACUGUAAGGUUAAUUUUGCUUGGAACUUACCUCAUAAAGUUGGACGUACUGUUUGCUGUACAGUUCACUUUUAUCAACGUAACGGCCAGCCUUAUCCAAUCUGUGAUACUGAUAAUUUUGUUGUAGAUAUUUCGGGAGGUUCAAGAAAGUUAGCUGCGAUUACUGAAUUGGGUUCCCCAACCGAUCCAGAUAGUGCAAAUGUUGCGAAAGUUAAAUUCACCGUCCGUCACGCCGGUCAAUAUAGGAUCUCCAUAAUGGUCGGCGAUCAGCAUAUAGCCGGAAGUCCAUUUUCCACCAUGUUCAUAGCAGGUCCGGCUUUUGCUCAGAGAACAGUCGUUAUACGACAUUGUAGUACAGUUGUAUGUACUGCAAACGUGUCACAUAUCCUCUAUAUUGAACCUCGGGACGAGUAUGGCAACGUCUGUCGUUACAAUCCCGGUGAAAACCCCACAGAAGGCUAUAUAGUUGACAUUGUGCAGAUAGGCAGCAUUUCCCGCGAAAAUAUAUUGGAUAUCGAUAAAAAGAAUUUUACAACGACCUUAGAUUACGAUUGGCAAAGUCAAAAAGUGAGCAUUCAAUUAAAGUUUGUGUACGAGGGCUGUUAUCACGCCACCAUAAGCUACCACGAAAUGCAGUUGCACAACGGAGAUUUCGAUAUUAUCGUUCUUAAUAGUAUCGACUCCACCCUUGUACAAAAAAAUGUCGCAACAAAAAGUCACAAUAAUUGUUACGACGCUAAAUUGAUCGGAAUCAAAGGAGAAAGACUGAUAAAGCCGAAGAAAGUGCUGUGUUAUGUAUCCCCAAAGCAAUUAAUAAUUAAGGAAUUGAUAUUAAAAUUUAUACCAAAGAGAUUGUAUACUUUUAGGUUGUGCCCAUCGACAAAGUUUGUUUUCAAGUCCGAGACAAUAAAACUAAACGAUGGUGGCGACUCAUUCAUCAUUGAAGAUGGUUGUCAGCCAAAAAUUGAACUGAUCUCAAAGGAAAGAAACGUAAUAGCGGCCACAUUCGCCCAGUUUCUUCUAAAAAAUAUGGGCGGGUCCGAAACCUUUAAAGACAAGCAGGACUUCUUUUACCAUGAAGUUAGGAAAUAUCAUCAGAAACAUUAUCACGAAAAGUUGUCUAUGAAAGUGACUAGAGAGAAAUUAUUAGAAUCUAGCAUGAAAGCGACAAAGAAUUUCACCGUUUCAGACUGGUGCAGGAAUUUUGAAAUAACGUUUCAUGGCGAACAGGGUAUCGAUUGGGGAGGGCUGAGGCGCGAGUGGUUCGAACUUAUCUGCGCACAACUGUUUGACGCCAAAAACGUGUUAUUUACCGGUUUCCAUGAAGGACAACAAUCUUUGGUCCAUCCUAAUCCGAAAAGACCACCGCAGUUAAAAUUAAGGCAUUACGAGUUUGCCGGGAAAGUUGUAGGAAAGUGUUUGUAUGAAAGUGCCCUUGGAGGAUCAUACAGGCAACUUGUUCGAGCAAGAUUUACAAGAUCGUUCCUGGCUCAAGUGAUAGGUCUUCGAGUCCACUAUAAAUAUUUCGAGCAAGAUGAUCCAGACUUGUACCUUACAAAAAUCAAAUACAUCCUGGAUAACAACAUAGACAACAUUGAAAUGGAACUGUAUUUCGUUGAAGAGCAAUAUGAUGAUUUAGGGCAACUAGUAAAAACGGUGGAGCUCAUACCAAAUGGUUCCAAAAUUAAAGUUACCGACUCUACAAAAUUGCAGUACUUAGACGCACUGGCGCAAUAUAAACUUGCAACCUCUAUUAAGGAUGAACUCGAAGCAUUCUUGAAAGGUCUGAACGAGUUAAUACCAGACAAUUUUUUGAGUAUUUUUGAUGAAAAUGAGUUAGAACUCCUGCUGUGCGGUACUGGACAAUACAGUAUUCCCGAUUUUAAAGCCCAUCAUAUGGUAAACGGAAAUUCUACGGAAUUCAAACGGGUUGUAGGAUGGUUUUGGGCUGCGGUGGGUAACUUCACGCACGAAGAAAUGGCGCGACUGCUGCAAUUUACGACGGGAUGUUCGCAGUUGCCGCCGGGUGGCUUUUCCGAGUUGACUCCCCGUUUUCAAAUUACAGCGGCACCAACAUUUGGUAAUUUACCGACUGCCCAUACCUGUUUCAACCAGAUUUGUUUGCCCGAUUACGACUCUUACGAACAAUUCGAAAAAGCUCUACUUAUUGCGAUAAGCGAGGGAACAGAAGGUUUCGGAAUGGUCUAGCGUUGUUUACCUAAUAAAGCAUUUAUUUAAAAAAAAACAUUUCGCAAGCAAUACAUUUACAUUUUCCAUGUACUCUUCAGUACUUUUGUCAAUGACAACUGUACGAAUAGCGUUUGUCUUUGUCGAACGUGUAGAUAGACAUAAGGUGUUGUUUUAAAGUAGGUAAAUAUUUGAUUUAAUAUUCGAAAAAAAAAAAAAACCACGCGCAAUGCAAAAUUCACACGUUUUCGAGAAAUCGGUUUAGCAAAAUCCACCAUUUAAUUUUCUUAAGUUAUUGUUUUUUUUCAGAUUUUGUAUGCGCAUAUUUUGCAAACUCUGUUGUCCAUGCAAAGGUGAGUAGGAACACUUUUUACCUGUCACAUGACUCCACACAUUUAUAUCCCCCAUGUAACAGAUUUGCAAAAAAUGAAAAAUCACACAGCCAUGAAAUCUUCUGCCAGUUUUCUGACCACCAUCUUGAUUAACUGUUUUCGUCGAGUGCCCUAUAUGAUUGCGACAAAGAUGAAUUUUAAAAGAAUAAGCGAGAUGAAAAUUUUGAUGGAAUUUAACUAUUAAUUAACGCUCCUCCUGAUCUAGGCUGUCCUGUAAAGUGUCGCCAUAUUAGCCAUAUUAUUUGAGACAAAUAAUAAGAUUUGAAGGGCAUCCUCGACACAGGCACUUUUAGCAAUAGUACAUACUAAGGCGAAAUUCUUGACUCCCUCCUGCCAUGUUUUUUGUGGACGCUCUCUUUUUUUUCGGUAGUAUGGUAUCCAAUUCAUUGUUUUGUUGAGGUAAUCUGCCAUCGUUCAGACACCAGAUCAGUUGUUUUCUUUCAAUGUCAGUCAUGAUUGUGUCUUGAAACUCUCAUUUGUUCCCAAAUACUUUCAUUUCUAACUCUUUCGGUUGAUUCGGUUAUUCUUUUAUGUUUUUCAUUCAUAGUCAGUCCCCAAACUUCAUAGACUUCUUUUAUUUUGCGUGCCAUAUAUUCUUGAUUUUCUUUAUUCUCUGCUAUUACUGCCUGAUCGUCUGCAAACUGUAGGCGAGAUCUGUUCUAUCUGUUAUUCCCGAACAUUUUUGUUUCCAUUAUAGUAAGGCUUCUUUAACAGAAAUUUUAAAAAGCGUUGGUGAUAUACAGCUCGCCUGUAAAGGUUUUCGAUAGCAUUUAUUAGAGCUUCAUUAAUGGAGGUGCCUUGCAAUAGUUCCCAGAGACUGCUAGUGGGUAUAAUAUCAAAUAGAGAGAGAGAAAGAGAGAUCAUUGUAUAAGAUACGUGUCCCUAAAUUGACUGUGGGCCUGUUCUCUAUUAUCUGCUUCAUACAAAAUAUGUUGUCCCUGCCACAAAUAACAAAUUUGAUGUUGAAUAUUAAAUCAUUUGAUUACUUUGAUACAACGCCUUUAAAAUCAGUAUUUGCUUAAAAACUAAUUUCUGUGACAAUAUUGUGAUACUUUAUGUGACGUACUUAAUUUAUGUAGAUUUUUACAUCGAUUGUAACACGUGCUUAAAUUGCUUUGCUUUUAAAUGUUCAUUAAAUGCUUUAGAGUGAAUCUCUGGAGGCAUAGAGCAUCGCGAGAAUUUUUUUUCUGAAAAUGAGUAGUAGUAAUAAAUUCGUACAAUCUUUCUGAGAGGUACGGGACGCACAUAUUUUGAAGGGUACCGCUAUGGUCUUAUAUUCCUCUUCUAUUGAUAAACAAACCAGCAUGUGUUUUAUUUUGAUUUUUAGUGGUUGAGCGUUUCAUGCCGACUCUAAACUAUUUGUAGUUCAGCAAAUAAUCAACUGUAGCAGAAAAAUGUAAGUAAUGUUUGAUUUUAUAAACACAAAAAAAGAUAAACUAAUAUUUUGUAUUGGACUGUUUUUUUUUAUUUCUUUUCAUAUUAAGACCACUUAAUCCGCUCAUCAACUUUCAUCCGUUAAUUAGAAUCAAACGAGAAAAUAUUUCACCAUCUGUAUAAGAGAUCGCUGCUGCUGUCAUUCACUGCUCAAUCUCGGUCGCGUCGCAACUCGAUUGCCUAUUACUUGUAUCGUGAACGCUAUUAGCCGUGACAGUACCUUGUAUAUUUUGCUUGAAUCGUGCGCAUUAUGGUGCAUUUACACAGUUUUAUUUGUAUGAUUAUCCUGGAUGAGUCAUCAAAAGUGAAAUAAAAAUGAAUUGUCUAAACAA